UAGGGCUCCAACGAGCGAGGGCGGCUUGGCACGGCGGCGAGGCAUGGCUUUCGAUCGGGACUACGAGCUGGAGCCGACCCAGCCAGACGCUGCUGCAAAGGUUUCGUGCAAGACUGGUGACAACGCUUGCAUCAAUUCGAUCCUCACGGAUGAUAGCUUGCGAGCGAUCCUUUCCAAGCUCGACACGCAGGGUGAGAGGGAUAACUAUAGCCUUGUUUGCAAGCGCUGGCUGAUGGUCCAAAGCACGGAGAGACGGCGCCUCGCAGCACGAGCCGGGCCACUCAUGCUACAAAAAAUCGCUGCUCGCUUCACGAACUUGAUAGAGCUCGACUUCGCGCAGAGUACCUCUAGAUCUUUCUUUCCUGGAGUCAUCGACGCGGAUCUGGAGACCAUAGCCAAGAACUUCGACAACUUGGAGCGCAUCAACUUACAAGAAUGCAAAGGAAUCACUGAUGUGGGAGUUGGAGUUUUGGGCAAAGGAAUUCCAGGAUUGCGGUGCGUGGUCUUGUCCGGCUGCAGGAAAGUCACCGAUAGAGCGAUCGAGGUGCUCGCAAAUUCUUGCUCGAGACUGAUAAGCCUUCGAGUUGGCAGAUGCAAGCUAGUUUCGGACAGGGCCAUGGAAGCUCUGUCAAGGAACUGCAAAGAGCUGGAGGUGCUCGACGUGAGUGGCUGCAUUGGUGUCACAGACCGAGGCUUGCGAGCGCUCGCCCGCGGCUGCUGCAAGCUCCAGCUACUUGACCUUGGCAAAUGCGUGAAAGUUGGAGACAGUGGAGUGGCGAGCCUCGCAGGGUCCUGUCCGGCUUUGAAAGGCAUCAACCUCCUCGACUGCUCGAAGCUCACGGACGAAUCCAUCGCCUCGCUCGCCCGACAGUGUUGGAGCCUCGAGAGUUUGCUUCUGGGGGGCUGUAGAAAUCUCACCGACGCCUCCAUCCAGGUGGUGGCGAAGGAACGGGGACAGGUUCUGAAACACUUGCAACUCGACUGGUGCUCCGAGGUGACCGACGAAUCGCUCGUAGCGAUCUUCUCCGGCUGUGACGUCCUGGAGAGGCUGGACGCUCAGAGCUGCGCCAAGAUCACGGAUUUGUCGCUGGACGCCCUCCGGAAUCCUGGGUUUUUGAGAGAGCUGAGGCUCAAUCACUGUCCAAACAUCUCCAACGCAGGGAUUGUAAAGAUUGCAGAGUGUUGCCCAAGGCUGGAACUCUUGGAGCUAGAGCAAUGCUUUCAGGUGACACGGGAAGGCAUAGAAGCAGGUGGUUUUCCAUCAGCCUGCAAGAUUGUUCUUACUAAAAAGUGAAAAUAAAUUAACAAAUGGUAACAUUAAUAAAGUAUUUUAAAAGUGAUAAUUA